AUGCGUUUCUGGGUAGUUUGGCUUGCAUUAGUGGCCUCGUGUAUGGGCCUCAAAGCGUUGCCUGUUUUGGUGGCUUCCCAUAAGGUUGUUCCUGGUCUCAAGAGUGAGAUCUCCACCGAUAACUCACACAUUCACAAUAUCACAUCGGUCACAAACAUGGUCAAGAAGCUAAUAACGCAAUGUUCUGCUGACGAGUACAUCAUCAUAAACCAACCUGGCUUGUCUUACACUGAUUUGACUGAAAAUAAGAAGGACGAUUGGAGUUUGAUCAGAAAGUACUUGAUCCUAGCAUCCACCAUUAUUGGCUUACCAAGAGUAGCAGAACCUUUGGAUCUCGACUACAUAGAGAGGUACAUCAUUAGAAAUUGUGAUGCUGAAUUGAUCAAGGUGGUUAACGAUGACGAAAACGAGGUUCGACCAUAUUACGAUGUUAGAGCCAGAGUAAUCCGGAUCGACUUGAGUCCUCUUCCCGAGGAUGCAGAGGAAAGGUCAGCAACUAUUAGGGAGCAUGAUGACUUGAUUAGAAAGAUUAUCCGCAAACUUCCUUCUCCCCACUACAACAUUAUCAUGACUAGCUCCACCCUUUCGUCGUUCCAUCCUGUCCCAGCUUCUGCCAUGAAAAAGUACCCAAAGGACUUUGAAAUAUUCAAUGAUAUUGUCAAUGACCCCAGCAGACUGGAGGAAAUUGAGCGCAACAACAAUUUCCACAAGGUCGAGCCGUAUAAUCACGUCAACAAACAUACCAACGAAAGAUACUUGAAGAAUAAGAAGAAGGAUGAAAUCCACCUAUUCGACAAUGAACUAUGGGUAAAGCAUGAAAGAUUGGUUACAACUAUACUUGUCAUGGUUGCCACAUUAUUCACUAUGAAAACAAUUAAUGUGGUGAACGCAUUGAAAUCCAAGAUAACUAAAAAGAAGGCCGCCAAAAGUAACGGCAAAGGAAUUAUAGCAAAAAAGCAGGAUUAG